AUGAAUAAGAGAAUUCGUACUCCGGUCAAGAGAAGACUAGAAGUGAACGAUGUAGCAGGGAUUGGGGUGGCGAGGAAUUUUCAUUCCAUAGUUGUUGAAGCAGGGGGAUAUGAGGCAUUAACGUUUGAUGAACGAGAUGCAAGGAAUUAUAUUGAGAAUGCUAGAAGAUUGAGACUUGGGCUAGGAGAUGCCGAAUCAGUUACACUUUAUUUCCAUAAAAUGCAACAACAAAAUUCGAACUUCUAUUCGGCAAUUGACCUUGAUGAAGAUGGUCGCAUGCGAAACUUGUUUUGGGCAGAUGCAAGGAGUAGGGCGGCUUAUAAAGCAUUUGGGGAUGUUGUCUCAUUUGACACAACCUAUUUGACAAACAAGUAUGAUAUGCCAUUUGCUCCGUUUGUAGGAGUUAAUCACCAUGGACAGUCAAUCUUGUUUGGAUGUGGGUUGUUAUCCAAUGAGAACACUGAGACAUUUGUGUGGCUAUUUAAAGAAUGGUUAAGUUGCAUGUCAGAUGCUCCUCCAAAAGCAAUAAUAACUGACCAGUGUAGAGCUAUGCAAAAUGCCAUAGAAAUAGUUUUCCCACAAGCUCGACAUCGUUGGUGCUUAUGGCAUGUGAUGAAGAAAAUUCCGGAGAAACUUAGAGGAUAUUCACAAUAUGAAGGCAUAAAGGUUGAUUUGCAAAAUGUUGUUUAUGAUUCAUUGACGAAAGAUGAAUUUGAGGGAAAUUGGCUUACAAUGGUUACAAAAUUCAAUUUGAAUGAUAACGAGUGGUUAGGGGUAUUAUACCGUGAGCGACAUAGGUGGAUUCCUGCCUAUGUUAAAGACAUAUUUUGGGCUGGCAUGUCAACUACCGGUAGAAGUGAGAGCAUGAAUGCUUUUUUUGAUGGAUAUGUGAACUCGAAGACUACCUUGAAGCAAUUUGUUGAGCAAUAUGACAAUGCCUUGAGAAGUAAGCAUACACAAAUGCGAAAUUUAAAGAAGUUCAAGCAGAAAUGA